CUGGUGUUUAAUAGGGGUGAAAGGAAGAAAUCGACGAUGAUGGAGGCAUGCCGAUUGGAAGUUUGUGCAAAUCUGGGAUGAUCUGCACAUCGAUGAUGAUGUGUGAAUUUGUUCUUCGCAUUUGUAUCGAUUCUUGGGGUCUUGUGAUAAAGUGGUGAUGAUGAAGAUGAUGGGGUUUUGCCGGUGAUGAUUCUGAUUCUGCAGAACUGAAGAAGCUGUGAUGAUGCAGUGAUGAUGAUGGGGUUUUGCCGGUGAUGAUUCUGCAGAACUGAAGAAGCUGUGAUGAUGCAGUGAUGAUGAUGGGGUUUUGCCGGUGAUGAUUCUGCAUGUCCAGAAGACCAAAGCAACCCGGAUAAAUUACCGCUUCCUUCCUCGAGAAGCCACAACUCCCAAGGACACUUCCGUCAUUGCAUUCAAACAAAACUCGGUUUUCAAACUCACUUCCGCACGCGGAGUACUCUGCAAUUCUCUGCUCUCCCCAAAAUGCCCCCUCAGACCAGAAGGACGCCGUUCCCCAAAGUGGUGGUGGAGCGCGACUCUGAUUCCGAACAGAGCACGUCGUCGGAGGAGGAGGAGGAAGAAGAAGACUUGGUACGAGAAACAGGAGUUGAAGACGAAGAAGUUGAAGAGAAGGCAGAAGACGAUUCGUCGCUGAAGAAGAAUGGGAGACCGCAUAUUACAAUCAGUCUCAAAAAAGUCUGCAAGGUUUGCAAGAGAACUGGCCAUGAAGCGGGCUUCAAGGGGGCGACCUACAUUGACUGCCCGAUGAAGCCAUGUUUUCUAUGCAAAAUGCCCGGGCAUACCACAAUGUGUUGUCCACAUCGAGUGUCAAUGGAAUUUGGCGUCCUGCCAGCACCGCGUAGAAACAGGGAAAAUCCUUUGGAAUAUUUUUUCCAACGUCAGAUUCAACCCCGCACCCAUCCUAUCAAGCCGGCAUUCACGAUCCCAGAUCAAGUCCGUUGUGCUGUUAUUCGAUAUCAUAGUAGACGAGUUACAUGCUUGGAGUUUCACCCUACUAAUAACAACAUUCUUUUAUCUGGUGAUAAGAAAGGGCAACUUGGAGUUUGGGAUUUCGCAAAAGUACAUGAGAAGAUUGUAUAUGGAAACAUACAUGGUUGUAUACUUAACAACUUGAAGUUCAGUCCAGCAAAUGAUGCAUCCAUAUAUGCUGCAUCUUCAGAUGGAACAGUGAGUCACACUGAUAUAGAGACUGGAAUUUCUUUUUCAUUGAUGAACCUUAAUCCUGAUGGGUGGCAGGGAGUAAGCACUUGGAGGAUGCUUUAUGGGUUGGAAGUAAAUCCAGAAAGAAAUGUUGUACUCAUUUCUGAUAAUUUUGGAUAUCUCUAUAUGGUCGACGUUAGGAGCAAUAAUGUAACUGGUGAGCCACUCUUGAUUCACAAGAAGGGAAGUAAAGUCGUUGGUCUUAACUGCAAUCCUUUCCAGCCAGAUCUACUGUUGAGUUGUGGAAAUGAUCACUUUGCACGUAUAUGGGACAUGCGUCAGUUGAAAUCUGGUUCUUCUCUUUGGAAUCUACCACAUAAACGUGUUGUCAACUCGGCAUACUUUUCUCCACAAAGUGGUAGCAAGAUUCUUACAACUUCGCAGGACAACCGACUUCAUGUUUGGGAUUCAAUAUAUGGUAAUCUAGAUACUCCAAGCAGGGAAAUCGUUCACAGUCAUGACUUCAAUCGACAUCUUACUGCUUUCCGAGCAGAGUGGGACCCAAAAGAUCCUUCAGAGUCCUUAAUUGUCAUUGGCCGUUACAUAAGUGAGAAUUUCAAUGGCAUUGCCUUGCACCCCAUUGACUUUAUAGACAUCACCACAGGCCAGUUGGUUGCCGAAGUGAUGGAUCCAAACAUAACAACAAUCAGUCCUGUGAAUAAGUUGCAUCCACGCGAUGAUGUUAUGGCAUCCGGUAGUUCAAGGUCACUUUUCAUUUGGAGGCCAGCAGGGGAUUCUGAGGAAAAAGAUGAAGAGAAGAUUAUAGAUUGUUGGUCGGAGGAGAAAAGGACUUCGGCUAUGGGGCGUGCUGAUAAAAUGGGGAAGACAUUUCUUGGUGCUGACAGCGACGAGGAAGAAACUACUGGCAGUGGUAAGAGGAACAUCAAGAAGAAGAAGAACCCUUCUUUGAAAUCAAAGUCUUUUAGUACUUAUAGGAAGAAGUGAUAAUUAAUCUUUAAUGUAGCUCUUUUGUAUAGUGUAAUGGCCUUUUAACCCCAAUAUUUUUGUCUGGAACUGGGUUGGGGGAGGGGGUGAAAUAUUGUCCUCUGUGGCCUAUUUAUUUACUAAAUGGCUGGCUAUUAA